AUGGCUGCUGUCUUGACAUCUGUUCCUUCAGAAGCUAUUUCAUUACCUGUCGUUGAUGUAAAUGGCACAUCACAUCUAUUUUCUACUCUCUAUUCAACCGAUGGUCAUAAUCAACAAACUCUUGUUAUAUUUAUUCGUCAUUUUUUUUGUGGAAGUUGUAAAGAAUAUGUGACUGGUUUAUCAAAAGAAAAUGGUAUAACACCUAAUGAACUAUCUAAUUCCAAUAAACGUCUUAUAAUAAUUGGUUGUGGUCAACCAAAUCUAAUUGAACAAUAUAAAAAAGAUACAAAAUGUCCAUUUACAAUCUAUUGUGAUCCAACACAAAAAUUAUAUGAUGCUUUUGGAAUGAUUCGAACAUUAAGUUUAGGUGAGAAAAAACCAGAUUAUAUUAAAUCGUCUUUUUUAUCGAAUGUGGCUAAAUCAGCUGUAUCACAAAUAUCUGCUGGAACAUGUAUGUUUCAAGGUGGUGAUAUUCGUCAAAAUGGUGGUGAAUAUCUUAUUAAUGAACGAGGAGAUAUCAUAUGGUCACAUAAUAUGAUUAAUACUCAAGAUCAUGUUGAAAUUAAAGAAUUACGCAAAAUUCUAGUAUUAGAUUAA